AGUCGCUCUCGUGCUAGUAUGGCGGCUGCGGGGCAGAUAAAUCUCUCCGUUAUGAAGUGCGUUGCUGUCCUGUUCUUGAUGGGGUUGGCCACCACCAUGGGAGCAGCAGGAAGGACAUUCAGCGCCAUGGGUCAUAGGAUGAACAUGAUCCCCUCUGGUACUUCUCCAAGCAUGCUGCGCCUGAGGGGAGGAGGGAAGGAAAAGCACCAUUGCUCGAUUGUUGUUAUUGGCCACGUUGACUCCGGAAAGUCUACCACAACCGGGCAUCUGCUCUACAAAUGCGGUGGUAUUGAUAAGCGUGUGAUCGAGAAAUUCGAGAAGGAGGCCAACGAGAUGGGCAAGGGAUCUUUCAAGUAUGCCUGGGUUCUUGACAAGCUCAAGGCCGAGCGUGAACGUGGUAUCACCAUUGACAUUGCUCUCUGGAAGUUCGAGACUGAGAAGUUCAGCUUCACCAUCAUCGAUGCCCCCGGACACAGAGAUUUCAUCAAGAACAUGAUCACUGGCACAUCGCAAGCCGAUGUUGGCAUCCUGAUGAUUGCUUCUCCUCCCGGUGAGUUCGAGGCUGGAAUUUCCACCAACGGCCAGACCAAGGAGCACGCCCUCUUGGCUUUCACUCUCGGUGUGAAGCAGCUCAUUGUUGGUUUGAACAAGCAGGAUGAUAAGCAGGUCAACUGGAGCAAGGAUCGCUAUGAUGAGAUCUGCAAGGAGAUGAACUCGUACCUCAAGAAGAUCGGUUACAACCCGGACAAGAUCCCUAAGAUCCCUCUUUCAGGAUGGACAGGAGAGAACUUGAUCGAGGAAGUUCCUGCUGACCACCCCUUGAAGAAAUGGUACUCUGGACCAACUCUCCUCCAGGCGCUCGAUUCCAUUGAACCGCCAAAGCGCCCAACUGACAAGCCUCUCCGCCUUCCUCUCCAGGAUGUGUACAAGAUUGGAGGAAUCGGAACGGUUCCUGUCGGCCGUGUUGAGACUGGAAUUUUGAAGCCUGGAAUGUCGGUCACCUUCGCUCCAGCUGGCGUCACCACUGAGUGCAAGUCUGUUGAGAUGCAUCAUGAGCAGCUGCAACAGGCGGUGCCAGGUGACAACGUCGGCUUCAACGUCAAGGGUCUCUCUGUGAAGGAUAUCAAGCGUGGAUACGUCUGCGGUGAUACCAAGAAUGAUCCUCCUCUUGGCUGUGAGACCUUCAAGGCUCAAGUCAUCAUCCUCAACCACCCUGGAGAGAUUCAUGCUGGCUACACGCCCGUGAUGGAUUGCCAUACUGCUCAUAUUGCCGUCAAGUUCGCGCAGUUGGAAGCCAAGAUCGACCGCAGAAGUGGAAAGAAAGUUGAGGAUGAGCCCAAGAUGAUUAAGAAUGGCGACGCCGCCAUGGUGAUCAUGCAGCCCAGCAAGCCCAUGUGUGUCGAGACGUUCACAGAAUACCCUCCUCUGGGAAGAUUCGCUGUUCGUGACAUGCGACAGACUGUCGCUGUCGGCGUCAUCAAGGAGGUCACGAAGAAGCAGCCGGGUAAGGCAGCAGCAGCAGGAGGCAAGAAGUGA